AUCCACAAACAAUUAACAAACUGGCUUGAAUUAGUGCAGUCAGUCGGUUAGAAUACCACACAUUGGUCAUAACCAGACACCGAAAUGACAAGAAUCGAGCGAAAAGAAAUUAAUUGGCUCAUUCAAGCUCGUGAUAACCAUAUUGGACAUUGGUUAGCGUUUUUUCUGAAUUUGCAAGUUCGCGCUUUUGUAGUGCUUGGUUUGGUUAUGUUUGUUGUUCAUCGUAGUCAGGUACAACUGUAGUUCUGAAUUUCGCACUGACAGUCGGAUUAAAAAGACUUACACAUAGCUAGCGAUUAUCCAAAACCCUUAGCUUCUUUGGACUUCGAUAACCUAUCAGAGUUUCCAGAGAUGCCGAUCGAUGUCUGUUUAUCUCUACCACUUAUCGACAGGGUGAAAGAACUUAAUAAUAUUUUUGCUCGUGGAAAUUUACAGGAGCUCCACAAUUCGGUUGUUCUGGUUGUCGACAAUAUAUUCGGUUAUUCAUGUGGUACAGAAGGCUGGGCUUUACAUGCUGUUAACGAAGCUGAUGAGCCACAUUUGUUUGGUUCUAUUCGAGAGUUCCUCUCGCCCAACGGGAGAUUUUUGGAAGUUUUGUCCAGUAGGUUAACCCUUGAAUUCCCAUCAAUCUAUCAUGAUUUCCCACUUUGGCUUUUAUCAACAGAUUCGCAAAACUCUGUUUGGUCAGGUGGUUGCAAACAACCACGAACUCAUUUGUCGUUAAAUGCAUUUACCUACUAUAUGUUCGCUUUCAUGUGUUAUGCAUCGUACCCUAAAUGGAAACAGGAACUUGCGUUAUGCGAUUUCGAAAACAGUUUAUACCGUACCUUAUUUGAUGAUUACUUAGGCUUUUACUUAUAUACUGACCCAACCACAGUAAAUGUAAUGGCUUCUAAAUUUCACAUUUUAAGAGCUGGUUUGCAGACACCUGGAUACCAGAAGUAAGUAGUUAUUUCUUGCAAAAUUCGCAGGAAUUUUUCCAAUGAAUUUGUUGGGGAGUAUAUGAAUGGGUCUACGGAUACUUGCUUUCCCGACUUCCGCUUAUUUUGGCAAACAGAGGCAGUAUUACAAGCCGUUUGCGAAUUUCUUCUAUCAUGGAGAGCAACUGAUUAUUUUAAUGGCAUUUCCGAUCUACCUAAAAACACAUCUGUGAUUCCGUCACCUCCCCCAUUAAAUCAUGCUGAGGUUUGUUAUUAUCACAUGUCUUGAGUCAAAACGAGGUUUAUUUGAUGCUUUUGAUAAUCUUUUAGUUCAUGACUUCAUGAGUUAUAAGCUUGUCAAGCCCGUUUACUUUAACUCGAUCUAUGACGAGUGUAUGGAAUAAGAAAUGAAAUAGCAGUGUUCCUGAGUGGAUAUUUAGGUAACUAAACUAACUAACAUCUUUAGUAGUAAUAAACGGACCCAUAUUGUAAUAGGGUUGAACGAAAAAACGGGUUUGGAUUAACCUCUUUUCAUUGAAUUCAUUUGACACUGGCACAAGGACCAGUAAUCAUAUUAGAAAAGAAAUAACACUCGCGCUAUGACAUCCGACGAAUGCGUAAAAAUGGCUUGUAUUUUGUCAGAUGGGUCCAAUCUGUUUUCUACCGAAAUGAGCUCAGUGCCUCGAGUAUCCCUUAGUUAAUCUGAUAAUCUAAUGAUAAAAUAGGGUUGGUAGAUAAUUAGAAAGUUAGAGGCAUAUUAUAAGGGUCCAAAUAUGGCAUUCCAAGUAACUGCGCAACUGAGCGAAUGAUCGUCGAUGAAAUUAGGUUAGCACUUUUAUCUUGUAUACAGAAAUUUAACAUGACUACUACAUCACAAGACUCCAAUUUUCACAGGCUUGCUGUCAGUCAUCACAUUUCUCAUUGUACGAUCAUUUAAAUUUGUAAGUAAUCAACUUGUAGUUUUUGACGAGUGUUGCCUCUAAAUAGUUUUAUAUUUCCACUGAAAGUCCUCGUUUGAACAGAAAUCCUAUAGCUCUACCAGCAUUUUCAUGAAACUAAUUCCACUUCUGCUAUGCAUUGAAAUAACAAAAUAGCUUUGUACGUAAUUCCCUUCGGAAAAGAAGUAGUGAACCAUAGUGUUUGUUUUGUAUUAUGAAUGGAAACCUUUAGAUUCGUAUGUGCUAGCGCGUUACUAACUCUGACCAAGUCAUAUACAGGUUUCUAGAUAAGGAAUAUUCAAUAAAUUGUGAGCUGAAUUUCACUGUCGUAAAUCCGUCAGAUUUUGAGUAGUCCUUAAAUCCUAGUCAGCCUGUAUGUAAAUAUAUAAAAGAAUAUGACAUGAGAAGGCGCUAAAACCAUCAAUUAUGUAUAAUUUUUUGGUGGUAUUCUGUGUUUGUUACCAUGUUUUCUAAUUACAAAACAGCAGAAGUGCGACAACUCGCAAUGCUAUUUAUAAUAAAUGAAAACUAGUUACUGGAUAGUCAAUAACUCACAACUACUUCUAAACAGUCAAGUUGAUUUUCUUAGUCCCUAUUCGACAAACACUCAUUAAGUAUUAUACAUAAAGUACAUAACUCCACAUCUCCAGAGGCCAAGAUUUCAGCGUAAUACGCUGUCAUGAAAUUGUUUUAAUGCUUGUAAUCCCAAGUAUUGAUAGAUAAAUUAUCCUGUUUCAACAUUAAUUAAUUUAUUUAUUUGAACACAUUAAUAUUGGUACAAGAGAGCGCCAAUAUAUAUGCGCCACACAAAACAAUGAGAAUUCGAAGAGGAAUAGAAAAAAAGCUAAGGAGCGCAAAAAAGAGAACAAUUACGAAGAGAUUGGUGUAAUGUUGUACAUCAGUGAACCAUUGUUAAAUGAUGUUAUCUGUACAGUUACAACAGUACAAACUAGAUAUUUUCAACUUUGAAGUAAUAAAGUUCAGUGUUAUCGAUAACUAGUUGUUUUAAAGACAAACUUUUUAUUUGGUUUUUGAACGACACGGAUUUCCCAAUUUUUAAAAUGAGUUAUGUUUGCAGCAUGGUAUCGUUGUAGUCAGUCGGCUACAACGUAGGACCAGGCACAUAUAUACAUCGGCCCAAGUUGCCAUACCUCAUUAACACAACAAGAUGAACACCGGAUUCAUAAAAGUAGUUAAUUCAGAGGUGGUGAUAUACAAAAGAAAGAUUGCAUAUAAGGAUAUAGUACAGAAAGAAAGAAUUAGUUCGUAGAAAGAAAGAUAUGAAGCGAUUUUAAUCUCUUAGUUUAAGGGAAGACAGAGAGUGUAUACACCAACGUCAUUGUGAUCGAUUCUGAGCGAUGUCACUCACAGUCUCCAACCAUUGGUUACGAUAGUCACGCGGACCCCAACCAAGUAAUCUGCAUCUACCAACAUGGCUCAGACUAGAAGUUAGUGACUUCAAUCACUGAUGCCACGUUUUGGUUUGGCCGACCCUAACUUUCUUCCAAACAUUCCGAACACCGGUUAGCAUUGCGCGUCGUGGUAAUCGGUGUUCGGACAUACGUAACACGUGGCCCAACCAUCUCAGUCGAUGAAGAUUCACAACCUCAUCAACUGAUUUACCAUGAUUCCCUAGUACCCUACAUUUAACCCCACUAAUACUUACCCGGUGAUGCCAGCAGACGCCAGCAAUAUUUCUAAGGCAUCUGUGGUCAAAUACUAGUAUCUUACGAGUGUCUUCUACUCCUAAUGGGCACGUUCCGCAGCGGUAAAUAGAACAGGACGAACUGUCGCGCAGUAUACUCGUCCUUUUAUUGAUAGACGGAUAUCUCGCCUUCGCCAUAGGUGACGUAGGUUUACAAAAGCCAAACGGGCUUUUCGAAUCCGUGCUGAGAUUUCAUAAGACACCAACUCAUUAGGGCUGAUCAUAAUUCCAAGAUAAGUGAUGUUGUCAACGCGUUCAACCACUUCACUCCCUAUCCUUAGUUCAGGUGUUGACGCAGACCAGUCCUGAAGCAGCAGGUUGCAUUUAGCGGGAGAAAAGCGCAUUCCAAACAUCCUGGCAUUGUUGCUUAGUGCUACCAGAAGACUGCAUUUUAUCAGCGUCUUGACCAAACAGGACUAUGUCAUCUGCGUAUUGUAAGUCGAUAAGUGGACCUCCUGGAAGGAGAUCAAUACCCGAGAAUUCAGUCGACGAGAAUGUUAUUUCCUGUAGUAGGUCUAUGAUGAAGUUAAACAACAUUGGAGAAAGUGGACAUCCUUGACGGACACCACUUGAGGUUGCAAAAGCAGAUGGAAGUUCGCUAUAAGUUUUGGCUCGACUACUUGUGUUCGAUUAUGCACUUCUGAGGUGCGCCUUUCAAUGACAGACACUGCCACAGAAUCUCGCGGUCUACCGAGUCAAAUGCUGCUUUUAAGUCAAGAAAGUCCACCACGUAUAGUGAAUAUGUAGUCGAUGCAUCCACGACCUGGUCUGAAGCCAGCUCGAUUCUUUCGUGUUUGCAGUCCACGAGUCAUAGUUAGGCGUCCGAUAAUUAUCGGGUGUCGUUAUUGCUUUUAACUAUAAGUCUCUCGACAAGCAUGUUUUCUCAGUUCGGUCUCCUAUAUCUUGUAACCAUCCUUAGAUAUUUGCUUCAUCAUCUUACUGUAACUUUUUGGACUAAUGUGACUUUAAAAAUUUUUGCAUUAUGAACAACCUUGCCUAAGACGCAAACAUGAUCCGUCAUUCUGCGGUAAUUCUUGGUAUUUGGCUUUUUAUGUCAAUAAUUUCUAAACACCUAUUACCAUAUAAGCGUGACUGUCCCCGAAAUGCCCUGAUAGGGCUGAGAGUAAGUAGAGUCAGCUCUCAAUCUCGAAAUGCUCUCACAUGGCCACAUGUGUACAGUCACUGCCUUCUCGCGGCUGGGUGUUGUUUACGAAAUCGAUAGGAUGAAAAGCGAAUGUUCGGCGCUUUAACCAGGUUGGUGGAUACGAAGGAUCCACCUGCGGGAGUUGGAAAACGCUGACUCCAAACCAAUGGUACACAUGGGCUCCAUGAUCUUAAGGGAACAGAAGGCGUAUGAACUUACUGUUGGUCACCGACUGCCAUGUGACUGCAUCUCCUGACGUUGCUCUACUUCCUUAUGGAUUAGACCUCUCUUGGUCGAAGGCUCCGCAUGUGUCCCCCUAUGGGAACCACAUGCUUCAGUUUUGGCACCGGGUAGUAUCAUAGCUCUCACACAAAUUAAUAACUGUGUGGCGCAUAUGUAUUCGGUUCCCUUCUGUACAAAUGUUUGUUCUAAUAAGGAAAUAUAAAUGAAUGACUGCGAAUGGUUUGGUUCAAACCAGUUUUGAUAGGUGAACAGAUGUUAAUUUAGAGCUUCAUCUUUAGCUUUAACAACUACUUACUGCACGAUAUUCAGCUAAUUAGUGUAUAAGGCACUCUAAUCCUAAUAAUUUCGCUUGAGGUUUAGUCCAGGCAGCCACAUGUAAUGUGUCGUAUGUCUUGAAACCGGAUUCACGAAUAUUUGUUACUCAGUUGUAUCAGUUUCCAACAAAGCGCCGGAGUGACGGUCCAUUGAGACGUCACAUUGAGUAACUCAUCUGUAAACUAGUAUUACAUGUUAUAUAAAUGUUGGAGUGAUCCAGAAGACUGAUUGCAAAAGACAAGCAAGCAUCAGGAAACACUAAGGAGCGUUUCAUCUAAUCAGCGUUCACUUGAAGUUUUAGCCAAAAUUAUCAAGGAAGUGGAACGUCACAUGCAAAGGUUCUGAUUAGCUGGUUGUUACACUGCUACUAUGUUUAGUAGCAUUCCACAAUUUUCUAGCAACCCAAGGACAUUUAAAAUAUAAAAACCCUGUAUUUUCUGUAUUAAAAUGAACCUAGGAGUAAACUACUUGCAUACUUUGGUUCUUCUCUCUCUUGUUCAGGUCGCAGUAUAGUUCUAGCUUGGGGGUUACAGAAUAGCUUAGGAGACGAAUAUAGCGUUCAAUCCGCAAGACUUAUCAAUAAACCACUACUAUAUUACACUGGUAUCAUAACUAUCUGAAUGUUUUUUUGCAGAAAUCAUUUAGAUCAAUCGCUCAUCAGGUCAUUGAGAAUAAUCACGUGUUAAUUUCGCCAUCGGACGUCAAAUAAAUUUCACAGAUGUUAUUCUAAUUCCUAAUGGGUUUUCUACAGAAUAGUUUUGUCGUAGUUAGUUUGCAUUCCAUUAUUUGUGUUAGCAAACAAAUGACACGUUAGCCAAUUACUUGUAUUUCGCAUUAGUACGAGGAACAAUAUUCGAUAAAACAAUUCUUCCACGUUUCUAAAAAUUUAAAGAUCAUUUUCAUUAAGAUGUCAUGCUCCCUUAAAUAUCCGGAGAUAAUUUGUUCACUCGGACUAAACAUACGUACAGUUAAAGUCUGGGAUUAGGAUCAAAUAACUAUCUAAUGCUUUUCGGUUUUAAAUGCUUCUCUGGAUUUUAUCUGCGAAGUUUUCUUAGCUAUCGUUUUCUGUUCUGUGCUCAUAAUAUUUUAAAGGUUGAUGUAUCUCAGCAUCUCGAGAAAUUGAUGAUAGUGUCCACUCGUGACUAGUUGAUAGUACUAUAAAAAAAAAGCAGAUUUAUUUAAAUUUCUCAGUACCUAAAGCAAUUUUCCAGCUUCUUCUAGGAUAUUUCAACUAAACAAAUUCCACUGUUUUUUCAUUUAGCUAUUCCGCUUUAUUCAUCAAGUUUUCUCAUCCCUAAUAACUUUUAAAAAGUGAAAAGCAAAGCUGAUCAAUCUCCCUUUGUAUUUCACAAGUUCAUUUCAGAUUGAUAGUAGUUUAACAUGCUUGUAAUUUGGAUAAGUUAAUCUCACUACCAUUUUUGUAGUAUAUUUUUUAUUCAUGCUUGUACCCAUUUCAUUAUUUUGAAUUGUAAGAUUUUAUUAUAAUCAAUAUUCUCAUUUGAUAUCUUCUUUUGGCUUAUAAGUUCUCAACUAAACCGACUGUAUGUCAACUAUUUCUGGUGAGGUGUUUCCUAAAAUAUUUCUACUUUGCAUUGUUCAAUAAUACAAAUUCAAACUGUUUCCAAAUAUUGCAGCAACAGAUAAUAUGGAACAAAUUUCUCAAUUAUCGAAAAUAUUUAUACAAUAAUCAAGGCGUGAUAGUGUCACCAGAAUCAUCCAUACCGCAUCACAAUAUUAUGAAUCGAUUUUCACGGUUUAUUGUUUACUGUUUUCAACAUUGGCCUUUUGAUUUAAGUUUUGAAGUCGUGCUUGAGACGUGGCUCUCUAGUAUUCAACCUUGGCGUUACUCAGGAUUUCCGCAGCUACAUACUGGUACUCGCUUUUCAUCUAUACCAUGGGAUGCACCCUUAAAUUUAAAAAUUGAUAAUGAGAAUUAUUCUGAUUGGUUGACAUUUGUUGCCCGUCAUUACAGCCUUUAUGUUGGUUUACUCUUAUUAUUUAUGGAAAGAGUUACUAAAAUUGAUUUACGUGUGUCUCGAAAUGCUCAUAUGGUUUAUCGUGUGACAAAAGUGUUUUCUCAGGAUGGAUUUAAAAUGCUACUACUGAAUACUGAAAAAAUUUUGUCCGAACAACAACAAGACGCUACUUUAUCCAAUGUAAUAGUAUCUGAAUAUCAAAGGGAACAAAGUGGCCUCUGGAAUCCUGUAAUAAUUAGUACUGUUGAAAGGGUUUUAAAUUGUAUGAUGAUUACAAAAGUAAAUUUGCAAUCUGAAGUAAUAAAAAAGAUGGACAAAUUUUCAUCAGAUUCCGACGGAUGGUUUGAUAAAUUUACUAAAUGGUUAUGUAGUUUCCUGAUAUUUGAUAUGGAUAACUCUGACGAAAGUGUCAACAAAUGUAUAUUCUAUUUAACAGAAGGAAUACAUUCAUUACGAGAAUUCUUUGCUAUUCAAGAAACUUUCGAAGCUGUACAUGAUAUUUCCUUGAAACCACCACCGAAUGGUCGUAUACAGUGGGAUGAUUUAUCGGCUAGUCCGAUACUUACACGACCUCACCUAAAAUCUCCGCCAACCUCGUCGAAAUCUCCUAGUGUUGAACACCCUUAUAAAGAUAAUUUAUCUCCAAGUGAUUUUUCUAAUUCAUCUUGGAAUAUAGACGCAUGUUCGAUGCCCAAAACAUUCGUAAAUAGCCAUGAUUCAUCAAGAUAUUAUACAAAGCUCACACCGUUGGAUCGUUUCCAGAUUAUAAUGGGUGUAAAACGUCCAUAUGUUUGUCAACAAUUAAUAAAUCGUGAAUAUGCAUCGACCAUGAAUGCAUCAUAUGAAAAUCGUUACAUACUUACAGUAUGCAAAUAUUUAGAAAAUAAGUUUACUGAAAUGAUGAAACAACACUUUAUUCGCUGGUGUUCAUUGUCAGGUAUUCGAGGAAGAUUUGCACGUCAAUUAUUACUUCCAUCAUCAUAUCCCAAACAACAUGAAUCGCAGAGUUUUUUAAUAACGAAUAAUCCCCGAUUAUCUUUUCGUUUUUUGGCAAAUUAUUAUGUUUUAUUACGAAUUAUUUUCUUGUAUAUAUUUAGCUAUUUUUUAUCCGGUAUAAGUUCACCAUUAUUGUAUAUAGUGUGUUUAAUUGUUUUAUAUUUGUUUUAUGAAUUUGUUAUAACCUUGUUUGAGUUAUGUCAUGAGAAAGUGAGACGCAUUUAAAAGAUAGUCGUUUUUAUUGUUCUGUUCAUAUAUAUAUGAUGUUUGUUCAGUUCUCUUGUACUCUCACUGUGUAUAUGAAUGUACAUUAUAUUUACUCGACAACUGAAUUGUAAAACAUCUUAGUUCCGACUAUUAUGUUUGUGUUUUUUUUGUUGUUGGUAAAGUUGUAGUAGUAUUGAAAAGAACCUAUCGGAA